AUGCCUGACAUCACAUCCUUGCCGAGCCAUCCACCUCAGGAUGCAGAGGCUAUACGCGAGGCUAUUCCCUCCCACCCUUUAGGAGUGAAGCCAAGUGGAAAUGCCCUGCUGGCUACAUGGAGUUUACGUGAUGCCAUUGGCACUUUUCAACUUCUACCAGACGAGCUAAUCCUGUCACUGUUGGAGACACUCGACGGAGCUAGUCUGUUGAGCAUCGGACGGACGUGUAAGGCUUUCUAUGCGUUUACCCGAGCAGAGGAGUUGUGGAAGGCGCUGUUUGUUCGGGAACCAAAGGAGAACUUCACAUGGCGGGGAACAUGGCGGUCAACAUAUUUGAAUCUCCCACCCAGGAAGGUGCCAAUGAUCGACUGCUCUCAGUUAUUUUCUGAUGCCCUCUAUCGGCCCUUCAACUGCGCACACAUUUCACUAGACCCGUAUGUGGCCAAGAUUCCAGUGCGGAACCAGAUCGCUCGUAUGCCAGACCUUUCGCCAGAGGAAUUUCAUAAAAACUGGACAGACCGACCUUUCAUUCUGACAGAGCCGGUUAAAGCCUGGCCAGCCUACAAGAACUGGACAGUCGGAUCUCUACUCUCUCAACAUGGCCAGAAAAAGUUCCGCGCUGAAGCUGUGGACUGGGCUAUGCGCACAUACGGCGACUAUAUGGCAGACAAUUCUGACGAGAGCCCUUUGUACCUCUUCGACCGAUCCUUCGUCUCCAAGAUGGAACUUUCGGUUGGACAGCCAGAAAAGACACCCGACGCAGCAUACUGGCCGCCAUCUUGUUUCGUUGAAGAUUUGUUCUGCGUGCUCGGUGAUGACCGUCCGGAUCACCAAUGGUUGAUCAUCGGACCCGAACGUUCCGGUAGCAAGUUCCACAAAGACCCGAAUGCCACGAGUGCUUGGAAUGCCGUGCUACGUGGUCCCAAGUACUGGAUUAUGUUCCCCUCUAGUACAAAGGCGGCCCCACCCCCAGGCGUUUUUGUGUCGGAUGACCAGAGCGAGGUCACUUCUCCCUUGAGCAUUGCCGAGUGGCUACUGGGCUUCCAUGCUGAGGCACGCCGGACACCAGGAUGUAUGGAAGGAAUCUGUGGCGAGGGUGAGAUCUUGCACGUUCCAUCUGGGUGGUGGCAUUUGGUGGUGAACUUGGAGCCGUCAAUCGCCAUUACGCAAAACUUUGUUCCUCGUGGUCAUCUCCAUGCUGCGUUGGACUUCUUGUCCAACAAGCCUGAUCAGAUCUCUGGAUUCAGGAAGAAUGUGGCUAACCCGUAUGAGCGGUUUGUGGCUGGCAUGCGCGAGUCGUACCCUGACUUGCUAGAGCAGUCUUUGGAGGAGCUACAGAAGAAGACUGAUGGCAAAAAGCGUAAGUGGGAGGACAUUGUCCAUGGAAAGACAGAGGAUACCCCUGAUGGAGAUGACAAUGGAGGAGGUUUCAGCUUUGGGUUUGGAGAUGAUGGGAGUGACGUUGAAGUCCCAUGA